CACCUUUAAUCAUCUCUCUCUGUAUCUGUUUUCUCUCUUUCCAAUCACUACCACAAUGCAUAAAUUAAUCUUUGUUAUGAUGUUCCUUUUGUUGAACUUUUCUAUUCAAUCUCAAACUCAAGCUAAGAGUUAUGGAUUUAGCAUCGAUCUUAUUCAUCUUGAUUCGACUUUAUCCCCGUUCUAUAAUAUUUCUUUCACUCCAUCAGAAGUUUUAAGAAAGGCGGCUAUACGUUCACAAAACCGCAUCAAUCAAUUCCGUGAUUUAUAUAUGAAUUUCAAUGAGGAAAAGAUUGAGUCUGUGAUUAUUCCCAAUGGAGGUGACUUUCUUAUGAAAAUCUAUGUUGGAUCUCCACCAGUUGAAGUCCUUGCUGUUGCAGACACGGGAAGUGACCUGAUAUGGAUACAAUGCGCUCCUUGUGACCAGUGCUACCAACAAGAUGCUCCUCUCUUCGAUCCGAGUAAGUCCUCUACUUACAAGGAGCUUUCUUGUACCACAGAAUUGUGCCAGGCUCUACCUAGACAGAGGUGUGGGAACACACAAGAGUGCGAAUACUUUUAUUCUUAUGGAGAUGGAUCAUAUACUUUAGGGAACUUGAGUAGCGAAACCUUAAGUUUAGAUUCCAGCAAUGGCCAACAAGUUUCUUUCCCCUCAUCGGCAUUCGGAUGCGGACAUCGAAACAAUGGUACUUUCAACCGUCGUACUGCAGGUCUCGUUGGCCUUGGCGGGGGGCCGUUGUCGUUGAUUUCUCAAUUAGGAGAUCAAAUAGAACACAAAUUCUCAUAUUGUUUGCUUCCAAGGUCGGCAAACACUAACAGCAAGCUUAGAUUCGGAGAAGAUGCAACCAUCUCCAGGGCCGGAGUAGUUUCAACUCCACUUAUAUCCAAAUAUCCUCCUACUUUGUACUUUCUUACUCUUGAAAGUAUUAGCAUUGGAGGUAAAAUUGCACAGGCACCUCCAAGUCAAGGGAACAUUGUGAUAGAUUCUGGGACAACCUUAACAUAUUUGCAAUCUGACUUAUACAAUCAAUUGGAAGCUAAUGUCAUUGAGGCUAUUGGUAUGAGCCCAGUACCAGAUCCAUCUGGAACCUUUGAUUUGUGCUUCCAAGCAGAGUCAGUUAAAACCGAUUUUCCGGAAAUGGUAUUCCAUUUUACUGGUGCAGAUCUUCAUUUGCCACCUGAUAACACGUUCUUCAAAUUUGAUGAUUUGUUUUGCAUGCUGAUAGUUCCUAGUGACCAGAUUUCCAUCUUCGGAAACUUCGCCCAGACCAACUUUCAAGUGGAAUAUGACCUCCAACAAAAGAAAGUGUCUUUUGCUCCAACGGAUUGCACCACAAGUACUUGAUUGAUUGUCUUGCAAUUUCUUAAUCUAUUACAUAGUCUUGUAUUAAAUUUGAAAAUAAUAUUGUAUGCCAGAGUUAUUCCGAGUGGUAAGACAACUACUCUGAAGGA